UGGCCGGACGUGGGGUGGCAAGAGAGGACAGAGGACACCGUGGGUUUCGAGCGCCUUAGGCUGGAGCCGGGGCUCAAGAACGAGCUUCCCUGAGGGGCACUCCUUCAGCGGGGUUUAGAGGAAUCGAACUGAGUGUCCUGGCGGGACCUGCUUUCAGCACCAGAGUCCCAGACCAGCCACAGCGUGACCAGUGGCUGCAGACUUGAUCUGUGACUCUGUGUGUGUGUGCGUGUGUGCGUGUGCGUGUGGUGUUUGUAAGGACGGGUCACAUUGUGCUUGUAGCCUAGGUUGGCCUUGGAUUCAGCAGCCCUGCCUCUGCCUUCCUCGUACUAACACAGGUGUGAGCCACUGCGCGUACCUCAUCCUCUAGCUUCUUUGGGUAAUUGGCCAAAUCAGCUACCCAGGAGCUUUGCUCGCUCUCUGUCACAAUUGGACACACUCUAGCCCAAUCGAAGGGAUGGGUUAGUGUAGCCCUACUUCUCCGGAAGACAGGCGGCCAAGUGGAGCCUGGAGCUCCAUGCUCUUUUGUCUGAGACACAAGUUCUCAGUGUUGAAGUACAAGUUGCUCAGUGGCACUUUGUAAAGCGAGGUUUACAAAGCUGCCUCAAGGCCCCGGCAGUGGCGGGUACACAGGUAGAACCCGCCCCGGCUAUGUCCUCUGUCCAGCCUCCACCAAGCUUGGGAUUGCUCUGGCUCACCACUGGAUGGAGUAGCUUAUGGCCUGGGGGACUCUUGAGUUCUGGUGCCAGAGCUUUGUGUCCUCAGCAGAAAGCAUGUGCUCCAGCCAGCUUCCCUCCUGCCCUGUGCAGAGAGUGUGUGUGUUGCAUCCGUACUGGUGUGUGUGCAUGUGUGGAAGCCAGGUGUCUGACGUGUAUUCCUCCAUCACUCACCCUAUGAAGCCAAAGUUCACAGAUUCAGCCAGGCACCUGUCUCUGCCUUCUGAGUGCUGGGAUUACUGACAACCCACCAUGGCUGCCCAGCACCAGAUCUUGCAUCCUCAGCCUCCUCACACUUGGCACUGCCAGCCUGAGCCACCCCACCCCAUCCUUACUGCUUCUUGGCACUCAUUUGAACCCAUUGCAGUGUAUUGUAGGACACGUCUUUCCUCACACUGGAGUGGCCCUCGCAUAGGCAGCCCAGCUCUGCACGCUCGUGGUGAACCCGCUGAGGAAAUGGACUUGGACCAGCUGGACCUAAACCCCAGAAUUACUGCUGCGAUUAAGAAGGGCAGACUGAAGUCAGUGAAGGAGGUUCUGCACUACUCGGGACCAGACUUGCAGCGGCUCACCAGCCUGCCCAGCCACGAUGUGCAGCACCUGCUGAGAGCAGCCUCUCUACACGUUCGGGGAAGCCGCGUCCUUACAGCACUGCAUCUGUUCCAGCAGAGGGAGAGCUUUCCUGAGCAGCAUCAACGCCUGAGCCUAGGCUGCCCUGUCCUCGAUCAGUUCCUGGGUGGAGGCCUGCCCCUGGAGGGCAUCACUGGCCUGGCUGGCCGCAGCUCAGCAGGAAAGACCCAGCUGGCGCUACAGCUCUGCCUGGCUGUGCAGUUCCCACGACAAUAUGGAGGCCUUGAGGCUGGAGCUGUCUAUAUCUGCACAGAGGACGCCUUCCCCAGCAAGCGGCUCUGGCAGCUCAUCGAGCAGCAGCACAGGCUGCGGACAGACGUGCCCGGGGAGCUGCUACAGAGGAUCAGGUUCAGCAACCACAUCUUCAUUGAGCAUGCGGCUGAUGUGGACACCUUGUUGGAGUGUGUGAAUAAGAAGGUCCCUGUUCUGCUGUCAAGGGGCAUGGCCCGCCUGGUGGUGGUUGACUCCAUUGCAGCCCCAUUUCGCUGUGAGUUCCAUCUGCAGGCCUCAGCUGUCAGGGCGAAGCACCUGCACUCGCUGGGGGCCACACUUCGAAGACUGAGCAGCGCCUUCCAGAGCCCAGUGCUGUGCAUCAACCAGGUGACAGAAACGGUGGAGGACCAGGAGUCUGUGCCCAGGUCACUAGGGGCUUGGGAGGACCGCCUCUCUCCAGCCCUUGGCAUCACCUGGGCUAACCAGCUCCUGAUGAGACUGAUGGUUGACCGGAUCCAUGAGGACAAUGUUACCACAGGCUUGCCCAGAAGCCCAGCUCGGACUCUCCGAGUGCUCUUCGCCCCCCACCUACCCCUCUCCUCCUGCUGCUACACAGUCAGUGGGGAAGGCGUUAGAGGGGUGCCAGGGACAGAGUCCUGCUGACAGUGGGGCCAGUAGAUCAGCCAGACCAGGCCCCUGAUGCUGAUGACUCCUUCCACCAACCCGUCAGUCAGUGGCCCCGGUGAGCAGCCUGACGGUCAGUCAGGAGCUGCUGCUCUCUCCUCCCUAGGCUUCACUUACUGGUGAACCUUGGGGUUUGGCCUCACACUACCCAUUAGAGGAUGAUCGACCAACAGGAGCUCUGGCAGCCCUGAGGGUGUCUCCCUAGGACACCAGAAUGACAAGACUCAGCUCUUCUCUCUUCUGCUUUCUGCCUGGGACUCAGCAGCUUGGGGGGGCCUCCCCUCCUGCAAGGUGGUCUUAACUUCCCCAACCCCCGCUACACACACACACACACACACACACACACACACACACACACACACACGCAUGCGCAGUAACACCCGUCACUCAGGCCAAACAUGGCUUGCAGUGAGGUACUCCCUCACUGUGCUCCUCCCCACACAUAUACAACAUCUUGGGGCACAGUGGCGAAAACGGUCUGAGGAGGGGAGACGAGCCCGGCCCAACUCAGCUGCCUAAGCUAAGUGGCUUUGGGCAACUUAUGAAAGUGACACUAGGAAACAGGUUUGUGUGCUCACUGAGGCCUGGCUAGUGUACCCAGCAACUCCGACUGGGCAGUGCCUCCAGGCUGGAAGGCACAAAGCACUCACCAGGACCCACGUGUCCUGCUCAGCCAGCAGGCAGCCUCCUGGUAACAUGUGCUCUGGACUCAGAAUUAACACCUUGUAGGCUUGCGGCCCAGCAGUAACCAAUGAGACGGGGCUGUGGUGUUGAAGGCCUGUGCUUCUAGGUCCUGCCAGGUAGCAGACUCCCACCAGCAAAUGUGCCAGUGGGCCCUCACCAAGGAGUCCUGUUGCUCCAGUAGUAUCUAACUCCUCAAACCAGGACAUACACUGUCACUGUCCCCACUCAAAUAGGGAAAACAGUCCACUUAUGGUGUAUACCAUGACAUCUUCAAGGUGGCUUAUGAGCUAAUCAUUUCAAAGCCCCUUGGGGCUCCUACCUCCCUUUUAGCAAUCCAGCAGACUAAACCUAGGGCCUCCUGAUGCAAGUGUUCUACCCUGAGCUACAACCCACUGACACGGCCUGAGAAUUGAGGGCACCAACGUAAAUGAGGGGAUACACAGCUGCUUGGGUGGAGUUGGUUCAUAUAAAACAGCUUCUCUGCAAAACUGGAGGGCUUUAUACCAGGAAAUAAAACUAUUUUUGUAACAAAGUA